CUGCCAAAGAUUGUGACAAGAUGUACAGGUUCGUAAGUGCUUGCGUAAAUGCUUCGUGAAUCUGGCCCCAGGUGUUUAAAUUACUCGCCAGUGAUCGUCCAUCUUCUCCGAUACCGUUUCCCCUCUGCUUCUUGACCCGUAUUUAUGUAUAAGCUCAGAUAUAACGCUGGUGUUACGAUAGGCGAUGUUCACGUUGUCAUUUACACUCUCAGUUUUUUAUGUCCAACACGCCAUAUUUUCAGUCAUAUCGAUAAUUAGAAUUGAAUACUACUAAUACGUCGCCUAAUUUUGAAUGUUUCAGUACUACUAAUUAACAAUGUACUCAGCGUCAUCUAUGUUUUGCCAGCAAUUGCAUCAUCACUAUAGAGGAGUUAUGAUCGGUUGACAAGCUUUCUAUGUUUCUGGACAACAUAGGUUAUGUGAGGUAAGAGAGCGGCCGACCCAAGUGUUGCCACAAGAAGCACAGUUGUACUAAAACCAUACAAUUCGAAGCUAGCGGUACAGUGGUCUUUCAGUACAUUUUGCACAGAAGUUCUAUAUUUUUUCUUUACCACAAAAAAACAUGGGCAGGAUUUUAGAGCAAUGGAAUGUUCUUAUUUUCCAUUUUAUAAGUCCUAUUCUGGAGCAACACUUAUAGAUUCCUUUCAGAAAAUUCACACAGCACUGAUGAAGCCAAUGACGGUCUCCAGAUACACCAUGAAUACGAGAACAUCUAUCAAUUAUACAGACAAAUCCUCUCAAAUUAUUUGAUGACAGCUCAGGUCACACUAGCGGGGAAGGUGUACCUGGUGGCCAGAGACAGUCACGGCUGCAACUUGUCACCCUUCAACAUCUUCCAGCUUCCCCUUACCCACUGGACGACCUUGGUGACACGUGGCGGCCUUGAGGUGGUGUGCACGGCAUCAAACACGACCCAGCGACCAGCGACCCACCGACCCAGCGACCCAGCGGCCCAGCGACCCAGCGACCCAACGACCCAGCGGCCCAGCGGCCCAGCGACCCAGCGACCCAGCGACCCAACGACCCAGCGGCCCAGCGACCCAGCGACCGAGCGACCCAACGACCCAGCGGCCCAGCGGCCCAGCGACCCAGCGACCCAGCGACCCAACGACCCAGCGGCCCAGCGACCCAGCGACCCAGCGACCCAACGACCCAGCGGCCCAGCGGCCCAGCGACCCAGCGGUGAGUACACCAACAAGGACCAAUUGAGACGACCCACGUGUCAUGCCAACCGCAGCAAUACAGGAAGCAGCGUUAAUCUCCCCCUCUAACAGCUGGCCAGGCCUUGCCAAGGCUAUGUUUACCCCCUCAUGCUGUAGUAUUUCUUUACACGACCAGUUGGACUGGUCGGUACAGCGACGGCCUCGCGUCUUACACGUCGGCGUUCGAUCCUCGAUGGUCUAAGUGUUUGGGCACUAUUCCUUCCCUCCGUCAUAUCCCACAUACUUCUCCUUAUGUCCCUUCUAAGAUCCUAUAUAAUUGUACUGGCUUAGCAUAUU